AUGAAGCCAUCAGCUUCGUUAGAUAGCUGGAGUGAAUAUUUCCGCCGAGGAGAUUCAGACAUCUUCAGGAUCAUCGAUCACGCCAUCAUGGCGAAUCGCUGCACGGGUUGCGACAACCUCGAGCUAUCGGUUCCCGGAGGCGACGAGGAGGCUAAUGAUAUCGGAGAUAUGGGGGUUGAUGGGGGUGAAGCUGGUGGGAGUAAAGAGAGCAAAGCUAAUACCACACUCGGUGAUUUAACAUCUUUGAGGAAGCUAAAGUUGAUGUCUUUGAAUGUUGAUAUCAAGGUUGGUUUCUGGCUGUUCUUGAGAGAGUGGAAGGAGAUUGUUGAUCAAUGGGUGAAGACCACCAAGGAAAUAGCUGAUUCUUUGGACUUUGGAUCAAAACCCACCGCAUCCAUGGCUAACAAAAAGGCAAAAUCAACUGUUUUUCAGAAGAAAAAAAAAAUCUAUACAUACAAAAGCUUGGAGAUAACAAAAGCUAUGAAUCAUGAACAAAUAAAAGCUGAAGUUUUUAAUGAACAGAUGCUGCGCUUUGGGAAUCAUAGCAAGGAUUCUCAGAACCACAUCCUGACAGCGGCUAGGUAUGGUGGCAGUUCGAUGUCUCAGUGGGCGAUGUCACCAGGAAGAUCAUUGGAAGCAGCUCAUCAGACCUCCUCGAGCCUCAAGCCUCCAAGAGACAAAGGCCUUGGUAAACUACUCAACCUUCGUUUUGAUUUCUCCAGGAGAAAGAAGAAGCCUUCUUCACCAUUAAAACCAAAGACAACAGAGUCUACUCAUCAGCUGAAACUUAUGAACAAUCAGUUGGUUCAGUGGAGGUUUGCCAAUGCUAGAGAGUCGGCUGCAAACAAUACUCCGAGCAAAGGUAAUAAUGUCAUCAUCAUCACUUCUACUCAUGAAACCCUUUUCCAGAAACAAUUACUCUGUGCAUGGGAUGCUCUUACCAAAUUACAAAAUUUGGUUAUACAAGAGAGAAUUAAUCUGUAA